UACGCUAUUUUCCUCAAGGGCCUUGUCGGCUCCCACUAGGUGGAUUUAUUCUUCACGCCUGUGCUUCACCAUGGACCCCUCUAAACCCUUUGGAGGCCUUCGAAGCCAUUUUCUGAAUAUCAAAACACUCUUCAUUCAUCUCGACCAAAGUUAUUGACUUUUUUCGAGACUGCUUCACCUUUUCUCGUCCAUUGGUCUUAUUUGCAAAGAUUGUUCAGCUUCGGCAAGAGGACCCCUGUGUUGUCAAAAUGAGCAGUCAAAACAUGAACAAAAAGUCAUGGGAGUCUCUUUCUUCGACGUUCUCCCAGCUUGAAGUAUCGAUCUCUCAUGACAGUUGCUAUGCCUCGGAUGAGGUCUCUGUCACAUCAGCCAGUCAAUUGGGUGCCUCGGCCUUGGCGCCUGCAACUGGACCCUCUGUCGGUUUCGUUUUAAAGCCCAUCUUGAAAAGACCAUACUCGGAAAUUGAAGAGUCUGGGUCGGAGUCGGAGUCUGGCUAUGCUUCGGAAGCCUCAGACUCUGAAUAUGACGCGAUCUUCGAAGACAGUGAUGAUGACGACGAUGAUAUAUACUAUGUCUCUGGAUGGGACAAAGCAUCCAUAAUGUCUGAAUCAUGUGAUGAAGACGACGCGGAAUCCUUUGCCGGAUCUUUUAUUUCUUUCGGGCCUGUGGUUCGAUUUGACACAAAUAUACGCUACAUCGACGCCCCAGUUCUGGACGACGAAGGUUCUGAUGUCGAACUGACCUGUCAUGAGCUGAUGGAACGUGCACGAGCAUCUGGUACGCUCCGAUUCCAGGAGACAUGCGACCGUGUCGAGGACGAGGACGAAGACGACAGCUUGCCCGAGUCAAUGAGACAGCUUCCUGAAGAGCACCCUAGUGAUGUCGUUGACCUGGACAAGAGACUAUUCGUUGCCUACAUGAAUGGUAUGCACGAGAUCCCUGAUCGCAAAUACAGAUCUCGUCUUCACAAUCAGGCCAACGACUUCAGUAUGGGUCGCUUGGAGUCACCAUACCUGGACUUGGAAAGUGCCAGUGCCAAUGGGGCCUACUUUGACAAUGUGCUGAAUCAUGUCAUUGGGCUUUUCCGCAACAUCGUCGCUAAAGAGGAUUUCGGCGAACUUGCCAGUCUUAUCAACGAAGAAGCCCCUUCAGGACACCCUCUAGGCUCCAGCAGAAGUCAGGAGCUGCUGGCGAAGAUUGAGCAUAUUCUCGCGGAGAGACUAGCGUGUGACGCCAAUAUUGGGCCGGACGAGCUGAGCUUCUUUGCCAGCGGCGUCGCGUAUGCUUUGGAGAAUUGGAGAGAUUUCCUGGUACGCUAGAUAAAGGUUGAGAUCGUACAGCAGUUUGCUAUGAGGGAUGAAAACUACUGGAGACCCGAUCGGGCUCAGCAGAGAUUGAAUUUG